GAAAACCUGGGGAGGCGGCGAGGGUCGGGAGGAAUGCCUGUGGUCCGCUCCAUAGAAUUUAUUAUUGCGUUUCCUAAAUCGCAUGGUUAGCAAGAGAGAAGCGAGAGUAAGGAAGGGGGCCCCUACAGUCGCUUCAGCAAGGAAGCGGAGGAGGAGUAAGGAAAGGCCUUCUGAAGAGAUCCGCUCCGUACACCCAUGAGUGUUUGUAUGUAAACAGCACGCCAUAAGUAAUAUAAAGAGGCACGAUGACUGAAGCUGGAACGACUUGAAGUGCAAUGUAGUGUCCCCUUCCAGAAGAUCUUCUCAAGAUGGUUUAGAUCCAGCAGAGAACUUAGAUUUUCUUAAGAUUGUACUUGGAAAAAAACUGCACUGAAAAAUGUAAAACUGGGUUUACGGACAUCAUCUGAGAAGAGCCGAAGGAUACUGAUAACAAUGGAGCAUUGUGACCCAUGGGUGUUCUUGAAGAGUAGUGAAGGCUGGACAUCUUUGUGAGAUGGAAGAUUCUGCAAGAACCUUACAGACUUGAGAAUUAUUCUGGGAUGAGAAAAUCAAGCUGCCCUUGCUUUUAGCGGCAUAAAGAAAUUGGUUUAGACAGCUGAAGAAACAAGACCUGAUUUAUCUACCUGCACUGAUUCUUCAAAGUAGAGUCUUUGAAGGGGGAGGGGGGUGCCAAGAGACCCCCCUCCCCCAGGAGAGAUCUUUAGGUUGGUCUUCCUACAUCUCUGGAGCGUUGACACCUCCAGCUCUUAUGCAGUUGAUCAAUACUGGCUGUUCAAUUAACUGAUCAGAGUCUGAACUGAAGCUGAUUAGAGAAUCUAUGUGUCAUAAGGUGAAUGUCCACUGGAGGGGCGAGCACAAGAAGACAGAGUAGAGGCCUGUGCCUGUGAAGGAUGCUGAAGAAAAGCAGCCUGGUUCUCUGGGGCGUGGUGCUUUUUGUGGCCUGGAACGCCCUGAUCCUCUUCUUCCUGUGGACUAGGCCGCAGUCCUUCUCCGACCACAGCCGCCUUACUGCAGAGGUAAUCCGACUGGCCCAGGAUGCUGAGGUGGAGCUGGAGCGCCAGAAGGCCCUCUUGAACCAGAUCCGCCGCUACAGUGCCCUUUGGAGCAGACGAAAGGCGAAUGAGGCCGAACGGCUCCAUCUGUCAGCUGCGGCAUCUGCCCAGCCUCCCACGGCUGCCUCCUUGUCCCAUCGCAGCCAGAUCUCACCAGAUGCUAUUUUACCAGUUCUGGUGAUCGCCUGUGACCGCAGCACAGUCCGCCGUUGCCUAGACAAGCUGUUGCAUUACCGUCCCUCGAAGGAGCGGUUCCCCAUCAUUGUGAGCCAAGACUGUGGGCACGAGGAGACAGCCAGGGUCAUUGCUGCCUAUGGGGAUGCGAUCAUGCACAUCAAGCAACCCAACCUGAGCGAUAUCCCUGUGCCCACUGACCACCGCAAGUUCCAGGGCUACUAUAAGAUUGCUCGGCACUAUCGCUGGGCCCUGAGCCAGGUCUUCCGGACCUUCAAGUACCAAGCAGCCAUUGUAGUGGAGGAUGACCUGGAAGUAGCGCCAGAUUUCUUUGAGUACUUCCAGGCGGCCUUUCCUCUCCUGAUAGCUGACCCGACUCUCUGGUGCAUCUCUGCCUGGAACGACAAUGGCAAGGAACAGAUGGUGGAUGCUGCCCACCCAGAGCUUCUCUACCGUACAGACUUUUUCCCUGGGCUGGGAUGGCUUCUGCUGUCCGACCUCUGGGAUGAGCUGGAGCCCAAGUGGCCCAAGGCCUUCUGGGAUGAUUGGAUGCGACAGCCUGAACAGCGGCAGGGCCGUUCGUGCAUCAGGCCCGAAGUGUCGCGCACUAUGACUUUUGGCCGCAAGGGCGUGAGCCACGGUCAGUUCUUUGACCAGUACCUGAAGUUCAUCAAGCUCAACGACCGCUUCGUGCCUUUCACCCAGAUGGACCUUUCUUACCUCAAGAAGGAUGAGUACGAGCACUCAUUCCUGGCCCAGGUCUACAGUUUCCCUGAGCUGCGGGUGGAGGAGCUGCAGGGCAACCAGCACCGGGAGCUGGGCACUGUCCGUGUGCAGUACACCACUCGUGACUCCUUCAAGGCCUUUGCAAAAGCCUUGGGUGUCAUGGAUGACCUCAAGUCAGGCGUGCCCCGUGCCGGCUACCAGGGCAUCGUCAGCUUUCUUUACCGAGGCCGCCGUGUUUACUUAGCACCUCCUUCUGACUGGACAGGCUAUGAUCCCAGCUGGAGUUAGCAGCCGAUGAUCCUUCAGCAUGCUGGACCCUAGGAGGGAAAGGGGGCUUGGGGUGGGGUGAAACUCUGAUUAUUCUUUUUUUCCUGUGUGGCAUUCGAGUGCAUUCCAAGAACGAGAGUUGUUUUGUGCACUUAAAAUGCUGAGGGAGGAGGGGCAGGUUCUGAUGGUUUUUCUGAUGCCGCAACAGAGGACAAGAAGGUGAGCAGUCCAAGCUCGCUCAGUCCUGUCCUCCAGUGCCUCUCUUCCUCUUUGACGUGGUGGCCUGUCCACUCAUCAGAUCCUUGGUGGCGUCUCCAGAUCAGUGCAGUUUGAGGUCAAAGCCAGUGCUGAACCAAAGCAGGAACCUACUGAGGUUUUCUAAGCUUCAGUGAGCUGUUGCAGACUUGUGCAAUGUUAUGAUCCAGCUAGCAAAAUGCAGCUCACUAGCCACAUGGUAAGGUCUGCCGGGAGCUUAAUAAUUCACCCGUGUCAUGUAUGUCGUUGCAAGCAAGCAAACAUGGGGGAGUUAUUAAAUUCCUUUUAUGCUGCUGUACCUUGCCGAUGUGCCGUGUUUGGCUUGAUUGGAUCCCAGUUUCUGCACGCUCAAGCUCGAGGGCAGACAUGAGGACCUUUUCUCGCCUCUUGCUACCUGUUCAGUUUUCAUCUUGGCAUCUGCUAGAUGCAGGCCUCAAAGGCAGGAAGCGCCUUCAGAUGAUCGGUGGACCCCUGUAGAAGGACCAUCUUUAUUGACCAUAUUGGCCAUUUUUUUACUUGGGUGUCCUGGGUAACCUAAUUGUUUAAUCCUGUUGCAUGGAGGAAUGGAGAUCAGAUCUGUACAUUGAUAGAUACACCUGAAUGUCACUUGCUCACGUGAGGUGAAGUGGGAGGAAAGAGCCCCUUCUACAGGACUUGCCUGAGCAGUUGUGCAAAGUAAGGGGAGAGAAUGGAACUGAAUGUUGAACGGAGAGAAUGUUCCCUUUUAUAGCUCCAUGUCGAGGUCCGUUAACUGAAACCUAAGUGAAGUCAUAGGAGGAGUGCGAUGGGCAUUUUCUUCUCUGCCACCCGCUAUCCCCAUCCCAAAGCCUGACACUGAGUCACAGACGUUUGGGACGCUCUGCAUCUCCAGCCGCUGCUUGCCCAAAGAGCUUCCUGUCAACAAGCCCUUUAGGUAGCUCUGACAGGCAACCUAAAGCGGCCUUCCCCAACCGAAUGCCCUCCAGAUGUGUUGAACUGCAAGUCCCAGCAUCCCAAGCUGGCACAGCCAUUGGCUUGUCCUCCUCCGUACUCACCGUCGGUAUGUUCUAUCGCCACCAUCGUAUACCAGCUGCGGGACGUUUAAGGGGAAGGCAAGGCAAUUUGUGGCCCCCUGCGCAUGCCGCGUGCUCUUCCCGAAAGUGAGGAGAGCGGUCCCCUGAGGCUGCCUUAAUUAUCCUUGUGGGGGAGCCUCCUUCCUCAGUCGAGCAUCGCGGCCGUGCUUGCUCGCUCCCCAGUGGCAUUUCCUCAUGGCUGGUUCCACUGGCUGCUAGAUUGGCACUGGUGCAGCCACGUCUGUGGGAGGAGCGGCGGGGAAGAACCCCUGAAGCAGCAGGCCUGGCAGAGGAGCCCAGCCUUAUUCAGUGGUACAGAGUUGCGCGUCCCCGUUCUUCCCGUGUUGCUCGGCUGUGCCAGACCCUCUCCAUAAGGCGGGUGUGCAGAAGGGACUUCAGACCUCAUUUGGCCAAAAUUCCUACCACACCAAAGGGUAGUAUUUUGUUUAUUUGUUUUGGAUGCUAUAUUACUUUUGUGUCUCUUCUUUUUUAAGACAUAAUACUGCCUCCAUGAUGAAUGGAAGAGGAAAGCUUAUCUUGCUUUUGAAUCGGACUGAAAGAACUCCCUUCCUGUGGUCGAGUGCAAUGAAAUGAGUGUGGGAGGGUUUCCUGCCAUCUCUUUGUGCUUGUGGUUGAUGCAGAUGGGAGGGCGGAAGACGGUGCCUUGCGGGUGCUGAAUGGCCUGACGUAUCUACUUAAUUGUGUUUUUGACAUUCUGGAAAACAGCAGUAUUGCUGCAGAGUGUUGAGAUUGCUCAAGGAAGGGGACUGUUCAUCCAGAUCCUCUAGCUUGAGAUUUUGAUAUUUUUGUUCACCUUAGAUCCUUUGUGAGGAAGGGGCACAGUGAAGAAGUACUUCAUUGUGUGGGAUGAAAUUAUAUAUUUCCCAGAUUUGUGGGAUUUCUGGAAAAAGGAAGUAAGGUAGAACUUGUACAGAACAUGGAUGGGAGUAUCUAUGGAAGGCAGAGAUCCACCAUGGCCUCUCUUCUCUUGCCUAACUUCUUGAAGUGUACAUGUGCAAAUGCUGCCUCGGGAGGAUGGAAGAGAGCCUGUGGUGGUCCGUUGGCUUUUAGUUGGAAUCUCUGGAUUUCUCAACCAGUUUUAACCCCUCCUUUCAAAAUCAGACUCAUGGGCUGCAACAUCAAAGCAGAAAACAACUCCAGGGUUGUUCUUGCUUUCUGCUAUAUGUUCCUUGUCUCAAAAUUAUCUCCGGUGCAUAAGAAGGAGCACCUCAAAGGAGGACACCUCUUACCAGUGGAAGACAGCUACUGAGGAAGGGGAGGAAGACAGCUCUUCUGUCUCCAUCUGCUUUCUCCUCCUGUCUUCAGGGGCAGAGGCAAAGGAAAUGGCUGUUGGAAAUCUGCCUUGCCUGCACCUUUGCCCUUCUUGUCUGGGCAGAAGUUAGUAGCAUUUACCUAUAGGACUCUGAGGAAUUCACGCACCUGCCCACCCUUCCCCACUACCAGCGGAUGGACAGUAUUCUAACCAAGUGAUUCCUGCACAAGCAAUCUGCCUUGAAGGCUUCUCCUGUUCUUCCUGUCUCUACUCCCAGCCGGUAUACUGGAGGGCAGGGAUCUCUGAAGCUCAUCCAUCCCAGCUCUGCCCACGCUCCCUCCUGUGGCAUGGCAUCUGUGUGCGCGUUCUGUCCUCACUUGCAGUGCUCCCACCUCCCUUUCCAUUCCAGGCAGUGACUUGGCUGAAGGGAAUGGAAGGAGAUCGGCUGAGAUCCUGUGUGGUGCUGGGUCAGUUAGGGAGAAUCCACCAGCAGCUGCAGUUUUCCCCCUUCUUUCCCAAGCCCCAUUCUCCUCCAUCGAACUGUCUCUCUUGAAAUUCCAACUGAAGACAAGCUUGUGAAAACUUGGGAUCAUUGAAUUAAGGUUUUGGAUGCAGAGAUGCUGUUUUUAUGUCCAGAUUCAAUUGGUGAAAAAAAAAUAAAGAUGCAAAAACUUAUUUUCCACAAAAAAAUAAAAGCCGGUCCUUUUCA